AUGGCCAGCAUUGCCAGAUCCAGGAGACUCACGGAGCCCCGAUCCGGAGGCCAAAUGGUCCGCACCAGGCAAAGUGCUGCUAACAAGACUCCGUGCGACCGCCCAGCAUUAUCCCCGAAUCUGACACCCCAAGACCCUAAUUGGCUCUCCAAAUUUAUUUACUCGCCUACUCGCUUGAUUGCCACCGGUGCUGUCUUCACCGGCGAAUCUUCUGCUUCUUCAUCUUCCUCCUCUUCGGAGGAUGACGGUGAUCUUAUUGAUAAUGAAAUGUCUCCUCAGAUAAUUGACUCAAUCAAAAAGAAACGGGCUCUAGAAGUUAAUCAGCAGCCGAGUGAAACGCCGUCUAUUGUGGAGAAGAGUGAAACGAAGUAUCUAAUAGAACGGCUUGUCAUGCAGGUGACAUUUUCAAGGGAAGAGUUCAAUAGACUGACGAGUACUAUUAAGUCAAGAGUUGUAGAUAGCCCCAUUUAUGGAGAUGGAGAGGAUGGAAGAUUUAGUGAACUCUCUAAUAAAAAAGCUGACAAUGAUCUAUGCAGUGCAGCUGUUUCGGAGGCAAAAAAGUGGUUAGAGGAGAAGAAAUUGGGUUCAAAUUCAAAGUCAGAUUUGGAACUUGGAACCUGCAUCUUGAACUCUGCUAUGUUGCCUCAUUUUAAAAGGGAUUCUCCUGCCUCUGGUUCAUGGAAUAUAUCUGAGGAGUUACGAAAAGUGAGAUCCAAAGCAACAGAAGAGAUGCUAAGGACUCUACCAUCAUCAAAAAUUGAUUUGUCUGCACUCACUUCAGAGAAUAGGAGUGCUGUGAAGUCCAUAGUGGCUGAGGAGGUAGAAGCUACAAUGAGUGACAAAGUACUGAACUCUACAAUAUCAGUAGAUGCAUCGUUAAACUUGGUUACAGGAGUAACUACUUCAUAUGGCUUACCAGGUGUGAUCUGUUUCCCAGUUUGA